GCGAGUUGGCCCGUCUUGGCCCGUCUUGGUGCUGCUGGUCUCCGACUGGCGAAGGUCUGCUUGCUGUGCGUCACACAGACACACAGACCUUCAGCGUCACCGCCACCAACACAUUAAAGCUCACAACUUUCCAUCGUCGGCCCCUUUUUUGCUUGGCCCCCUUGCGAUGACAAUAAUCUAUCAAUAUCGAGUUGCAACAACCAGCCUCGGCGGCUUCCUCCGACUUCUUACAAUAUGGCGCGGAAGUGUCUACAAAUUGAUGUACAAAGAAAUCCUCAUAUUCAGUUCGAUGUAUGCAGCCAUCAGCCUGACUUACAGAUUUGCACUAAAUGACCACCAGAGAAGUAUGUUCGAGAGAUUAGUGAUCCAUUGUAGCAGCUACACCAACUUAAUACCUGUAUCAUUUGUUUUGGGCUUUUACGUGUCCAUCGUGGUGGCCAGGUGGUGGCAACAGUUCAUAAAUGUACCCUGGCCAGAUAGAACACUGUUCAUGACAAUUACCUAUCUGCACGGCCAUGAUGAAAGGGCCCGGAUGUUCCGUAGAACACUGGCUCGUUAUAUGAUCCUCGGUCUUAUACUAAUUUGCCGCUCCAUAAGUGUAGCCGUCAUGAAGCGCUUCCCAACCAUGGAACACGUAAUUGAUGCAGGUUUCAUGACCAAAGAAGAGGUUGAAAUAUGGGAAAGUGUUCAAUGCAAGUACCACAAAUUCUGGGUCCCGCUCACCUGGGCUAACAACGUAUUAGUCACUGCUCGGCGAGAAGAACGAAUUGAAUCCGAUUGGGGACUUCGUAUGAUUAUACAGCAAUUGUCCGACUUCCGUGACAAAUGUUCCCUGUUAUUCGUCUACGAUUGGAUAACCAUUCCACUGGUCUAUACACAGGUGGUCACAUUGGCCGUGUAUACAUUUUUCGCCUCUUGUCUUGUCGCCCGUCAAUACUUGGACCCGGAGAAGGGUUACGAAGGCUACGGGUACGACCUCUAUGUUCCAGUGUUCACUUUAUUACAAUUCUUCUUCUACAUGGGAUGGCUAAAGGUAGCCGAGCAACUGAUUAAUCCGUUUGGCGAAGACGACGAUGAUUACGACAUCAACUGGUUACUUGACAGACACACAGCCGUUUCUAUGACACUUAUUGACCAAUGUUAUGGCAAACACCCACCACUUAUUAGAGACAUGUACUGGAAUGAAAACAUCGAAGAGCUUCCUUAUACAGAGGCAUCGUACGCUUCGAAGAGACCGAACUUCUUGGGUUCUACAUAUAACAUAGCUCGACCAAGUAUUGAAGAACAAAGAAUUGUCCAUGAUCUUGCUGAGGUCCCCACCCGUCGUAGCUCUAUAUCCAGUACUGUAGCUGGGUCUUUACUCAGCCUCUUUUCCAGACGACAUUCAAUGACUAAACUUCACUUGCAACAAGAUUGUCUGAUUCCGCUGCCAAAAAGAGAAGACAGAGCGAUGAGCGUUCCCAACGGUGGUGCACCCCUUCUGAACAUACCCGGCAUGGGGGUGCCAUGCCCGAAUCUCCGGUCUCCCGAUCCAGACGCACCCACAAACAUCAUCACCAACUGGUCGUCAGAUUCAGAUCUGACCACACGAUCGUCCGAAGAGCCGAUAGAGCAACGCCAGCCAACUCAGGCGGACAUCGAAGGACGCAGCGACUGCAAAAAAGCGAAAAUACAGCGCAAGUUUAGUUUUCCAAUCAACCUUCUUCGCCGGAGAGACACAAACAGAAUGUCUGAAAUACCAUCGUCUAUUUCGACCCAGGCUAACGGCAGUCGGGUGGAUUCGAAACAAACGAGGUAG